GGAGAAAAAGGGAGCAGAAAAUAGAGGCGGCAUUAAGUUGAAGACCAUCGACACCGGAUCCCGUCCUCCCGCGUCUCCCUGUUUUUUUUCCCCUCUCGCCUCUCCGCUCCUAGGGCAAGAAAAGGGCUUCGUUUCUCGGCCGCGUCUAGAGUCCAAGAAAGAGGCCAGCUUAGAUCGGCGAGGAUCCCAGAGGCUGCAAGGUAUAGGUCUCCAUUUCUGGUCUACUGAUUGAUGAUGGGUUGAUUUUUAUCAUGGAUUCUAUUCAAUAUUUUAGCUUGAGCUCGAUUGGGAAUUUAAGGAUAUGUGUUCGAAUCAGAAACUUUCGGUGAUCAAAAUAGCCUGAAACAAUUGGUUUAGGACAUUCCUAUAUAUUCUCUGUGCACUGUAGCAUGUGAUCAUAGAGAAUGUCAAGGGGUGAUUCCCAACGAAGAACUCUGCCUGGAAGGAGAACUCUUGAAAGGUGCAAAAGCAAAGGCAGUGUUGAGAAUGUGGAGAUCAUUGAUGUUGACAAGGGCAAAAGUGAUGUGGUUAUCAUUGAAGUUCCAGAGAGUUCCCAUCGGAAGUCUAGAUGUUUCAGGGUGAAAGAAAGAGAUAGUUAUGCUAGUGUGAUUAGUAUUGAUGAUGAAGAGGAAGGUAUUGAUGAGAAUCUUGGUAAUGUACGUUAUGCUGCCACGAGCAGCACUUUUCGCCCCUUCUCCAGCAACUCUCCACUGUCUAAAGAAUCAGAUAGCGAUGAAUGUCUAAUUUUUGUUGGAGAGAGAACUUCCCCAUCAAAAUUUACUGGAAAAGUGAAAAUGCAUCCUAAGUGUGGUUCUUCUAGAAAUCGUUAUGGUCUAGAUCCUGCCUCAGAUGGUGCUGAAAGUGAUAGUUCUGGAUUUUGCACUUCUGAAGGAGGCAGUUCAGAAAGUGACAACUCUGAUUGUGAGAUUAUGGAAGAUGCCUCUGGUGAGAUCCGCGAACAGUGGGAAAGAGCUGCUUUGAGGCGAAAAAUGUCACAGAGGAGCCAAUUUGGUUCCGAGGAUCAGGCUAGUGCUUCAGGAUCUAGCGCUGAUCCUGGCUUUCAGUCAGAUCAAGCUACUCAAAAUAUGGUUUACGUAGAAAGUAUAAAUGAGUCUGACAAGGAAUACUCAAAGUAUUUUGGAGAAGUACCUGGCGAAUGUGGUCCAAGCAGUUCAAGUAAUGGAAAGAACUCUUCUUCUAGGAUGGCCAAUGCUGAUGAACUUACUGAAGAUUCUCUUCAGGGUAUUAAGGAGAACAACUCUGCUGCAAAUUCAGUUCCUUCUACUGGCAUAAGUCAUGAUGGGCUUGAUUUCCAGAAGGAAGAACUGAUAUCAGACGAAUGUUCACACAGAGCACAGUCCUCUGAUGAAACCUACUUUAAUUGUAAGAAUAAUUGUUUUCAGGACUUCAAAAUGGAAGAUUCUGUCUGUGUUAGGGAUGGGCAUUUUGAUUUUCUGGAUAAAGAUGAACAAAUUCCUGUAGACACUUGUUAUGGUACAGCUGAACCUAAGGGUGAAACCAUAUUCCAGGAUGUAGUGACUCCUUAUUCUGGAGUUCCACACAAAGCUAGCGAUGGUAAUGUUCUUUUUUCUGAUAGCGUUGGCUUACAGGACAGGAAGGAGCAUGCCCCUGAAGAACAACCUUCAUGUCACACCCAAUCACCAGUUGACCCUAUGAUUAAUCAUGAAAUUGCUGCUCAGGAGAAAGAGGACAAGAAGGAACAUUGCCCUGGAGAACAACCUUCAUGUCAGACCCAAUUGCCGCAUGACUCUGUUGUCGACCAUGAACUGGCUGCUCAAGUGAAAAAGAAGUUGUGUCCUGAACGAACUGUUCUGUUCAAUGAUCCACCAACAGAUAAACAACAAAAUGAUUUUGGAAAUCAGAGCAUCUGUCAUAGCAAGGAAGGCACUCUUGAAGAACCAAUUUGCAAUCCUCAUGCAGAAAGUGGUGCGACUGGGAUUUGCACCUUAUUUAGGAAACCUGAUUUAUCUCAUAUUCAGAAUGGUUUAAUUUGGGGGCGCGAAAAGCACAAGGAAUCUGAUGAGUAUAGACGUGCCGAUGAAGAAGAAUGGGCAUCCAGGCAGCGGGUGCUACAGAUUCAGGCAGAAGAAGCACAAAGGUUGCGGAAGAAAAGAAAGGCUGAAAAUUCGCGUCUCAUGGAAAUGGAGAAGAGGCAAAAGCAGCGUCUAGAAGAAAUUCGGGAAUUGCAGAAAAAGGAUGAGGAAAUUAUACAUCUGAAAGAAAAGCUUCGUGCUGAAGUAAGGAAGGAGCUUGACAAAAUGGAAGGGAGAUACCGAGACAUGGCUUCUCUUUUGCGUGGAUUAGGUAUCCAUGUUGAAGGGGGUCCUUUUCCCUUGUCACAUGAGGUUAAUGCUGCCUAUAAGCAAGCAUUGUUGAAGUUCCAUCCAGACAGAGCAUCAAGGACCGAUAUCCGUCGACAGGUCGAAGCAGAGGAAACAUUUAAACUGAUUUCACGUUUGAAAGAACAGCUGCAGCCUGUAGCAUAAUCGGGUAGGUAAACAUCUUACAAUGCCAUUUUUAGCAGUGUAGUGCCAUCUGACAAAGUGCCAGCACUGUUGUGAUGAGAGUCCGGUUCUUCUCUAGCAGCUGGCUACAUGCACAUCGAGUCUCGUGCAUAAGAUUAUGAUCAAAGGAUGUUGUAUCUGUUAUUCUUAAUACUUAGAUGUUUUUCGAAUGUUCAUCUUGACAUAUUUUAGGUUCUUUUUGUUUUCCCUUUUUGUGGUUUUCUCAUUCAUGGAGGUUUCUUGAAUAAAUGCAGCAUGAAUUAGGCAUUUUUUGUCUUGUAAAUACUGCAAACCUGGCUUAAUUCUAAUGAAGGGACCUUUGCCACCUCUA